GUUGUGUAAGAGUCCUGAUUCAUUAAAUUGAAGUUACUGUCAAAUAAACAGCUGUUUCUUUUUGUCGUAGGGUAUUCGCAGAGUGAAAGUGUCCUGAGCACCCCUGAGCGUCUUUGCCUUUGCUCCAGGAGUGACACUGGUGGUGAGAUCAUGUGAAGGAUGGGCUGAUCAUCUUGACCAUGUUUUUGACUCCUUCACUGCUGCAGGGAGGCUCUGACACCUUUUCUUGGCUCAUAUCAAUGUGUGUGUUUGACAGCUCCAGAGAGAUGCUCGGGUGGUGAUGACAGCAGGAUGGGGCACAGGGCCACGGGCUGCACAUCGGUUCUGGCCCUGUUCUGCACAGUGCUCAGGGUGGCCCCGAGCGGAGGCAUCAAAUGCGGCGGGGUGCUCUCAGCACCCUCUGGCAACUUCUCCAGCCCCAAUUUCCCGGGGCCAUACCCCUACGAGACGGAGUGCACCUGGCUGAUCGUGGUGGCCGAGGGCUCCUCCGUCCUGCUCUCCUUCAGCCACUUUGAGCUGGAGUACCACGCCGCCUGCGCUUACGAUUAUCUCCAAGUCUACAAUGGGGCAUCCCGGGACCAGGGCAACCUUCUGGGCACCUUCUGUGGCCGCAGUGCCCCACCACCUUUUGCUUCUGCCUGGCACGUCAUGGCUGUGGUCUUCCGCUCUGACCGGCAUGUGGCCAAGCGUGGCUUUGCUGCCACCUACCACAAAGAUGCAUGUGGUGGGCAACUGACGGGGCUGUCUGGGGAGAUCGCCAGCCCGCAGUACCCCGAGAGCUACCCCAAUGACGCAGAGUGCCGCUGGAGCAUCAGGGCAACUGAUGGCCCCCUCACUCUGAUCUUUGCUGACUUCCAAGUAGAGGGUGGCCAAGGCUGUGGCUUUGACUACGUGGCUCUUUUUGAUGGUCCCACUGCUGCUGCUCCCCACCUGGGUCGCUACUGCGGUAGCACCCGCCCGCCCCGCAUCAUCUCCUCCACCCAACAUCUCUUCAUCCUCUUCAAAUCGGACUUCAACAUUGUGGGCAGGGGCUUCAAGGCCCGUUUCUACUCAGGUGAAUGCCAGGAAGUCUACACCACCAUCAAGGGAAAUUUCUCCAGCCCUCAGUACCCCAACUUCUACCCCAACAACCUCCAGUGUCAGUGGAGCAUCCAGCUACCCCCAGGCUACCGGAUCAAAGUCUUCUUCUUGGACCUGGAGCUGGAGGCUCGGAGCAGCCUGACCAGUGGCUGUGACUAUGACCGCCUGGAUGCCUUUGAUGGUGGAGCUGAGAACGCUUCCCUGCUGGGGACGUGGUGUGGGAGGGAGAGCCCAGCGCCUCUCACCUCCCGCAGCCAUCAGCUGCUGCUGGUGCUCCACACAGACCGCAGCACGGCCAAGCGGGGCUUCUCCCUUGCCUACGUUGGAGUCGUACCCAUGAACAUCAGCUGCACACGGACGGACUUCCACAUCCAGAUCCCCGUGCAGGCCCUGGCCCAGCUGCAGAGGAACAAGGUGUACUUGGGGAUGCCCUCCUGCGUGGCUCAAGUGGUCGGUUCACACUUCAGGAUACACACCCGGUUUGACACAUGCGGUGCUGAGUCUCAGAGACGAAACAACACAUCCAUCAUUGUCAGCACGCUCUACAUCGACUUCUCAGUGGGUGACCAGGAGGACAUCCACCGGUACGAGGUGCAGUGUGAGCCCAAGAGGAAGGAAGCCUCCGUGUCCCUCAUUGCUGGCCCCGACCCACACAGGCUGAGCCAGGCAGAAAAUAUGGUGGACGUGAAGCAGAGAGGGGUGGGAGCGAUGGAUGCCCACGAAACCAAGAGCCAGGACACCAGUGACAUCGUCUUCAUCAGCAUCUGCAUUUUGGCUGGGCUGCUUAUGGUCAUCGCUGUGGUUGGGCUCGUGCUGCUGUAGCAAACUCAAGUUGGAAACGUGGUCCCCAAAACCACCCUUGCCCCACAUUUAGUGCUAACACAACUGCUGAAAUGGAGAUGGUGAAACAAAGCCCGAGCCCAACCUCCACCUCCCACGCCUGAGAUCUGGGUGGUAGGCAGCCAUUUUCCUUCCCAUCAGUUUUCCUCUGUCUCUCAAUCUGUCCAUUUGGCUCAGGAAUGCACUUCUUAUGCUCUGUAACUAUUCCCACACCUGCUUCAAUUUGUUUUCCCGCUGGUGCCUCUACUUUCGGGAAAGUAACGCUGUUUGCUGAUGGCUGGAAGUAAUCCUGUCAACUGCUGAAUUCCUGAACAUAGCAACUACCCCCAAAUAUAGCAAUAUUUGUAACAAACGUU